AUGGCGCAUCAUGGAUGCUCAAACAAAGAAAAGUGGGUGACCGUGAAUGCGCAGCGAAAACCCGACCCCCCCUUCUUGGCCCCCUACACACACUCUCUCUCUCUCCCUGUUCCACCCCACCUCAUGGGAAAAGAUAAUCCGUCAUAUACUCCGACACUCAUGCCUUUGGCUUCCGACAUGGAAUCAGAAGUCAAUGAUGUACCACGGGGUCGGCAGCGACCGGGGGCCGCGUGUGAUGAAUGCAGACGCCGAAAGCUGCGCUGUGAUGGCCAACAGCCUCAAUGCGGUGUUUGUCAGGACACGGGGGUUGUAUGUGAGGUGACGCAGCGCGGUGUUCGAGGCCCCAAGAAAGGUCAUUUGAAGGCACUCAAAAACCGUGUGAUACAUCUUGAAGCUAUGCUCGAGAGCCGCCUCGUCAAUGGGCGACAAGACAGUCAGCGUGGAUCAAGCAAUGAUCUGGCGCUGUCGGUCUCGCCCGUAGAUGGUCGCGAUGGAGGGGCGUGGAUUCCUAAAGGGACCGGUUCAUCGGGAUCGGACCAGGAAGUCUUCGUGUCGAAUAGCAAUGGUCUUGCCCCUGAUCUAGCCCCUCUCCCCCAUGAAUGGGCCUUUUCGUCGAUGAUCCCUGCUAACCCCCGCCUGCCCCCAUCGGACAUAAUCCAGGCCGAAUUGGAUCAGCUUUACUUGGACCGAGUUCAUCAGUCUAUCCCUAUUCUUAAUCAAAGGCGAUACCUGUCAUGGUCCAAGUCGAACAAGAAAUCUGCAACAUGCCGAUGUCUUCAGUAUGCUAUGUGGACGUUGGCCUCGCUCCUAUCCGUGCAGUUCCGAGAGAUGAUAGAGCCACUCUACCAAGAAACGAAGCAAAUGCUCGAGUAUCUCAGUGUAGAGAGCGCCGAGCAAUUAAAUGUCAAUACAAAGCUCGGGCAGGCCUGGGUGCUGGUCGUCACCUUUGAGUUUAUGCGAGCCUAUCACCGUACGGCAUGGAUGAGCGCCGGUCGAGCCUUUCGCUUGGUACAAGCUAUGCGCUACCAUGAUAUUGAUAGCCCCAUGGACAAGAGAGGCCCUCUUCCCCUCAACGGGGCGACUUUAUUGAAGUUGAGGAAAGACGCCGCGUGUUUUGGAUGGCCUAUUUUCUUGACCAUAUCAUCAAUCUGCACUCGACUUCCUGCACCAGACGGGGAAUUCCAGACCGGCAUUUUCGAGCUGGGUCCGUUCUUGUCCGAGGCAAUGACGGACCUCGACGUCAAAGUCCAGUCAUCGUUCAAUGAGUGCCUCAUACUUGCUACGAUAUGUGGCCGCAGUCUUCUUCAAAGCCAGCGAUACCACAUUUCAAAGGCGUAUGGUGACAUGGCAAUGGAUGGGUCUGAGCAGAGGCGGUGGCUCGAUAGCAUUCUCACCGACAGGCUUCAGAUUUUAUCGCGGUGUUAUCCGUCACCGACCCAAUCAUACGAUCCUUUGUUGCUCUUCGCCAACAUUCUGGGCCAAGCGACAAUGAUUUAUUUCUGCAAAGCCAUGACCGAGACAGUUGCGGAUUCCACCGGACCUGACCACGAGAACCCUGAAAUUAUGAACUAUCAAUCAAGGGCGUUAGAAGCUUCGACGGCAAUAAUUCGCCUGACUUCUACGUUGCGCGAACUCCCCUUCACCAAGGUACAUCCCUUGAUGCCAAUUCCAAUCUUCCUUUGCGCGGAGUACUUGUACGAUGAAAUGCACAACGAAGCUUUCCAAAUGCAUAUCCAGGAGCUUUUUCAUGUCCUUCGCGAGCUGAAGAACGUCAACAAUCCAAACCAAAAUUACUUGGAUCUACUUCCACAGUCUUGCGCUUCCAAAACCGUGGAUAUAUACCGUCACAGUAUUGAGAGCACACCAAACAUUAAAUGA